AUGAGAAGCUGUUGGCGUGUCCUGCUUGUGGCCCAUGUGUUUGCGUCAGAUGCUGCCUUGCAUCCUGCUGCACAGGUGCAGAGGUGGAAGCAAAGGCUCCGUGGCUGGCUGUGGAAUCCCGAGAUUACGCCAAGAGAGGCCAAUGAUAUCUAUUCCGCUUUGCUGCGAAGUGGUCACAUGGAAACUCUUGCGGAGUAUUCCGAUGUAGUUGCUGCGCUGGGGGCUCGCAGUUGUUGGGAAGGUGCGCUUGAUGUUUGGAACAGCAUGGGUUCCACGUGCAAGCCGGACAUGAUUGCUUUCAAGACCGCAGUGAGAGCUGUCGGGAAUGCCGGGCAGUGGGAAAUUGCCAUGUCUUUUUUGGAAUCCGCGACUUCCGCGACUUCGGCUCGCCUGGAUCCUGACCAGGAGUUGUUUUUUCACGCCACGUGUGCCUUGGGCGAAGGUCGACAAUGGAUGCGAGCACUCCCGCUACUGCAAGAGGCGCAGCAGCGUCGGAUUACACCUGACGUGUCAUGCUACACUGCUGCCAUUCGGGCAUUCAGCCAGGGCACUCAGCCAAGCCAAACCUUGUGGCUGUUGAACGACGUGAUCUCUAUCCAGCUGCAACCUACAGAACGUGCUUACGAAGCUGCCAUUCGUUCUUGUGGAGAGCUUGGAGAGUGGAAACGUGCCCUAGCCUACCUGGAUUACAUGUUCCAAGAGGGCCUCAAUGCCAACGCAUUUUGUACCGUCGAGGCCAUGCAAACCUGUGCGGUUUGUGGUCUAUGGUCUGAGGCUUUGAGGCUUUUCCAUGAGAUGUUUGAGCAGGUCACUCGGCCGGUUCGAAGCUUCUCCAUUUCACUGGAGGUUUGUGAGCAGAGUGGCCUUUGGGAAGAAGCCAUUCAGAUUUUCGAGGAGUUUGUGAACAAAGGUGGCAUUGUGGAGGAAGACUUUGUGGAGUCUCCAGAGACCGAAGCUGAGGCAGCAGUGAUCCUGCGGCCGCCUCAUGAAGAUGGACGCUUUCAGAGCCUAGGGCAGCAUCUGCGCAAAGGACACCUUGUGGCCUUUCCAACUGAGACAGUGUAUGGCUUGGGCGCGAACGGCUUGGACCCAACGGCAGUUCUGAAGAUCUUCACAGCAAAGGGUAGGCCACUGACGGAUCCUUGCAUCCUUCAUGUUGCGCAUGCGGCUGAUGCGCUGAAACUUCUUGAUCUUGACGCUCUCCCUGAUGGCAGAGUUUUGUUUGAGGAACUGGCUGAGGCGUUCUGGCCAGGGCCUUUGAGCAUCGUUGGCCCUGCUCGGCCGGAAGUGCCAGCAGAAGUGACUGCUGGCACUGGCUUUGUGGCCGUUCGAUGCCCCUCACAUCCUAUUGCAAGGCAGCUGGUUGAAGCCGCUGGCGUGCCCUUGGCUGCACCGUCGGCCAAUCGCUUUGGGCACAUUUCCCCAACGCACCCAGAGCACGUCUUUGAGGACUUGCAACACGUACCUUUCUUGCGCAUCCUGGAUGGAGGUCCCUGCGAAGUAGGCAUCGAGUCGGCCGUGUUGAAAUUGGACACCACAGCGGAACCAAGAUGCGUUCGAUUGCUCCGACGGGGCGGUGUAGCAGAGGAAAAGCUGGAGGCAUGUCUGGAAGACUUCUUUGCCAAAGGGAAAUUGCAGGAACGCGUGCACUUCGUUGUUCCCAGGAAGCAGCCGGUUGUAAAAGAUGAAGCAGAAGCCCAACAAGCUCCGGGUAUGUUGCUGAAACACUAUGCCCCUUCGGUGUCCACGACGCUUCUCUGCUCAAGUGGCCCGCAGGGUGUGAAAGUGGAAGCUUCACCGAGCCGAAGUGUGCUGAUUGACUUCAAGAGUGGAUGGCUGAAAAGCCACCAAAUGUUCUUGAAGGUCUUCAUGCUUGGUGAUCAGGAUGGCCCUGAAUCUCAUGCUGCGGAGGAAGCUUGUCGGCACGUCUUCAGCACCUUGCGUGCAGCUGAAGCUUUUGCUCUGGCUGAGAAGGCUGAGCUCAUUUGCAUAGCGGACUUCGAUCCGAGCGGUCUUGGAGGGUAUGCUGCAGCCUUGCAUGACAGGCUUUUCCGAUCUGCCUCGGGGCGGAAAGUGACAAUGACCACGGGUGAGAAUCCGGCAUUCUUUUCGGCGGAGGAGGGCUAG